GCCAUGUGGGUGCUAAGAACCAGUCUGACCCUGGCGCUGGGCGCAGGGGUGGGCGUGAUCGCGGAGGGCUGGCGGCGGCGACGGCAGGCAGACGCGCAGGCAGGGCCAGGUCUGUUAGGUCGCCUGCCUGUGCUGCCUGUGGCGGCGGCGGCCGAGCUUCCCACUGUUCCUUCGGGACCGGUAGGUGGCGAGCUGGCCAAGUAUGGGCUGCCUGGGCUGGCGCAGCUCAAGACCCGCGAGUCAUAUGUACUGUGCUACGACCCACGUACCCGCAGCGCGCUUUGGGUGGUCGAGCAGCUGCGGCCUGAGCGGCUCCGCGGCGAAGGCGACCGCAGCUCGUGCGACUUCCGCGAGGACGAGUCGGUGCAUGCGUACCACCGUGCCACCAAUGCCGACUACCGCGGCAGCGGCUUCGACCGCGGCCACCUCGCAGCCGCAGCCAACCACCGCUGGAGUCAGAAGGCAAUGGACGAUACCUUCUAUCUGAGCAACGUCGCUCCCCAGGUGCCCCACCUCAAUCAAAAUGCCUGGAACAACCUGGAGAAGUACAGCCGCAGCUUGACCCGCACCUACCAAAAUGUCUAUGUCUGCACGGGACCACUCUUCCUGCCCAGAACAGAAGCUGAUGGGAAGUCCUACGUGACGUACCAGGUGAUUGGCAAGAACCACGUGGCCGUGCCCACACACUUCUUCAAGGUGCUGAUCCUGGAGGCAACAGGUGGGCAAAUUGAGCUCCGUUCCUAUGUGAUGCCCAAUGCACCUGUUGAUGAGGCAGUCCCGCUGGAGCGCUUCCUGGUGCCCAUCGAGAGCAUCGAGCGGGCCUCAGGGCUGCUCUUUGUGCCAAACAUCUUGGCACGGGCAGGCAGCCUUAAGGCCAUCACUGCUGGCCGCAAGUGAGGGCGCCUGCCGAGUAAGAUUGUGGGUUUAUGAGGCUGGGCUGCAUUAAAGGUGGUUAUUUUUGGA